CUUUUGGUUUAAGUGUCUGAGGUUUAUAGACUUUACCUAUUGCUAUGAAUCAUAUAGAAAUGGUUUUUACUUUUGAUGAUAUUAUCUCUCUGUCUCUAGGCUACUUAUAGAACAGCUAUAACUUCUUCUCUUUUAUCUAUAUACACAUAUAGAUCUUUUUUCACAAAAAACAUUGAUUGGUAUCUUGUCCUAAAUUAAGGGUUCUGAGAUUGAUUGAUUGAUUGAUAAUAUAACUGAAAAAGAAGACUUUUUAUCUUUUUCUUUAUGUUAGUGUAAAAAUUGGGAUCUUAUUAUGUGAGAUCAAAAGCUUAUAGACAAGGUCAACGGGAGAAGCAGAAUUAAACAGUCUUGUUAAAUGAACAAGACUAAUCAAGAUUUGAGCUUAAUGGAAUCAAGAAUGGAAGGAGAUGUGUUUUCUGGAUAUGGAGAAAGAUACCAGAUGGAUGGCAAAGUGCUGCAGAAUUUCCAGAAGAGAUUUGUUCAGGUUCAAUACAUUUUGGAGCAAAACCGGCUUUUGAUCAACGAGAUCAAUCAGAACCAUGAGUCCAAACAAGCAGAUCACUUGGGUCGAAAUGUUCGUUUGAUAAGAGAGCUCAAUAACAAUAUCAGAACUGUGGCAAGUCUUUAUGGUGAUCUCUCUCAUUCUUUCGCCAGAUCAGUUGAUGCUUCAUCAGAAGGGGAGUCCACUGGGACCUUGAAAUCUGAUGGAAAGGCCAACAACCAAAAAAUAUUUAGAUCCGGGUAAUGUUAUGUAGAUUCGGUGCUAAUUUGAGUGUGGAUUUAAGUAAUGACUUGUUGUUGUUGAACAAAAAGACAUUAACAACUUCACUUCUGUAAGUUCUGUUGAAAUGAGUUCAUGUCUUUAAUUCUGAGAAUAAAAGGAAGUUCAUCUUUUAUUAAUCAGACUGAUCAUGUGUAGAGUAUGUGGUUUCUUUUGUUCUGGAUUUGACUUGUAGACCUUUUGUUGUUGUUGCAGUAACUAAAAGAUUAGAAAUGUUCAUAUAAUCAUAUUGACCUUGAUUUUAGAUAAAAUGAAGUAUGAAACUAAGAAAUAAAGGAAAAAGGAAUUGAACUGUACUAUAAUGUUAUCUAACAAAAGAAGUUCAUAAAAGAGAAUAAAAGAUGAUGAUCAUUGUUGCCUAUGUGCUUGCAUGAUCCUUAAAGUCAAAAAGACAACAGAAACUUGUAGUUUUAGCUUUAGUUAGGUCACAUUAUUCCUCCAAGUUGAUUUACAACAGAAAGCUUCUUUACUUCCUCCUAUCCUUUUUCUUUUAUUUAUUUAUUUUUGGCUUUUGGACAAGAGAAUCCAGCCAACCUUUUAGUUCACUUCAUGUAUUGGUAUUGCACUUUUUUUGUAAUAUUCAAAUUUCUUGGCUCACACUUCCAAUCAACUUUCUUGUGGAUAUCUUAUUAAAUUACAAUAAUGUAGGGAUGUAAAUAGCAGGGUCCCCAUGCUCCGGUAAAGAUCUCAUGCUUGCUAUAAUACUCAUGGUACUUUCUUCUAACAGAAAAUAAAAUCAAAUUUGAAUUAGUAUAAUAGGAGGAAAAAAUAUAUCGAGAGACUCAUAUCAAAUAUGCAGGAGUUUCUUCUCUCCUUCAACAUAAAGAUGUUUAUAGACAAUGAUGAUCUCUAACGUUAUAUUCAUCUCAACUUCAAAGCUUUACUUCUUUUCACCCUGUCUCUGCAUCACUUUCAUCAACUGUCCUUCCCAGUCAGAAACAGCCUUGCUCCAUGCGAAACCUUAUAGAAUUAAAAGCCUCAUAAAUAGUAAUGCUUCUUUGUACUGGCAGCAGCAUCAGUAAAACUUGUUACUUCUUUACUAACUCAUAGAAAUGCAAAAAAAAUUGUUAUCAAUCCUAUUGGUGGGAUCACACUUAAGAGCUUCAACACACAAACGAGCAGCGCCUUCCUUUGGCUGUAGCACCCUGCUUCUUAAAAAAAAACUUUUUGUUGCUGAAACCAAGCGGUGAAGUUCAACAUAUGUUUGGUCUGAUCAAUUAGUAGAUGACUUUACCGCUGCUUUCAUAAACAUACUGCAGCUUCAUUAAACCUCCAAAUUAAUUUGCAAGAGAAAGCAAAUAAUUUUAGUAGUAAUUGGAAUUUGGAACCAUGUCAACUUCAUGCAGAUGCAUGCUUCCACAGCCUUUCUUUUGUAUUCACAAGUGCUUUGACCCGAGUCCCUUUCACAAUCAGUUGCAGUAUAAUCAUCUACAUCACAUCUCUACAUUUAGCUCCUGAGACUUGAUUCGAACAAUAGAAUAGUAAAAAGGGCCCUUGACUGAGGAGAUAUGAAGGUAGAGAAGUACUGGCCAUGUCUGUAACUGCAAAGAUACGGUUUCUUCCUCCUCACGUUACUACUGUAAUCUUCCCAACAACUCAAUGUAACCCUCUAGAAGAGAAAGAGUGACUUUAAACCAGGAUAAGAUUAUUAUAUCAUUCUUUCUCUUUCUGCAAGGUGUCCAAAGUCCAUACCUACCUUUCAUUUUGCAAGUUGCAACCUUAUCUUAAACGUUAUUAUGGUGGCGUUAUGUGGCUCUGAUAACGUUUGAGACUUUCUUCAUAUAUUUCACAGUUGAUAGAUUGUUUUGCUCGUUUAGUAGUACUUAUUUACUUCUCUUUUUUUUUGGUGAUAAAUGUUUUUCUUUCAUUCUAUAUUAGCUUACCUAGUGAUGAUACUAUGAUGUAGCUUGUUCUUACUUGAUAUAUAUUAAACUACCGCUAGUGGUAGUAGUAGUCAUCGUUCUUGGUUUAGAUUAUUCUUUUUGUAAAAAUUGUUUCUUAUUAAACUAAGCCUCAUAGCAUUGAUCAAUCUCUAGUUUAUCCUUACACCAGAUUUGAUGGUGUGAGAGGAUCCAGGGACAAUGCUUACAUUGAAAGUGGAGUUUAAUAGUCUCUCGGAGCUCUCUAUGUCCAAGUUCUUGGGAGUUCGGAAGCUCCUUACAUUGUUCACAAUCACACAUGUUGUCUUUUUACCAUUGAUUCUCUGUUUUGUCUCUUUUUAAAAAACAAGCACUUCCAUCUCAACUCUAUCCUCACACAAGAAUUGAUGGUGUAAGAGGAUCUAGGGACAGUGCUUACAUUGAAAGUGGAGUUUAAUAGUCUCUCUGAACUCUCUAUGUCAAAGUUCUUGGGAGUUCGGAAGCUCCUUACAUUGUUCACAAUCACACAUGUCGUCCUUUAUCAUUGAUUCUAUGUUUUGUCUCUUUUUAAAAAACAAGCAUUUCCAUCUCAA